AUGGAGACGACAAAUACAGUAGAACACCCGCGCUUACCAACCAGUAACUGGCAACGGGUCCACAUGUUAAAGGACGAGAAGUGUCACGAGUACAUCACGGACACAGCAGAGUGGACAUCUACGGACGUCCGAGCACCGCCAAGAUUUUGGACACAUGCGGAGCGCAAGGCCGCGCAGAUCACGUGCUACAACUGUGGGCGGCUCUUUUUCCGACAACUGUCUGUUGCGCCGGACGCGAGCGCAUUCUGCGGUCGCGACUGCCAAAGCACUUUUGAGUACCGUCGUGAUCUGCAAGAUGUCGUGAACGAGUGCGAACGCCACUUCCAAGCCACAGUCAACUGGACACGGAGCAGUGAGCUGUAG